AUGGCAGAAAGAUUCGAAAAAGGGGAAAUUGUUAUUGACCCAGAGUUUGGGCUUAAUUCCGAACAGGAAACUGACUCAAGUGACGACGAGGCACAAAUAGACGAUUCAGAUGAUGAUGUGCCACUUGCAGAUUUAAUUCCUUUGUCUGAAGUAGCAAAGAACGAUGUUGCAGAGCAUGUUUAUCGCUGGAGAGCAGAUAGAACACCACCUCCUCAGAUGAGUGGUGAAUUCAAAGGAAACUUAGAGGUUGAUGAAGGGGAUUUACACAAUCCUAUCGAUUAUUUUAAAUCCUUUAUGGAUGAUGAAAUGAUCCAGCUGAUUGCAGAUCAAACAAAUCUGUAUUCAGUACAAUGUGAUGUUGCCAAAGGGAGCAUUGCAACUACAAAAACAGAGGUAGAACGGCUCCUCUCAGUCUUUCUCAAGAUGUGCAUUGUCCAAAUGCCAAGAUAUUCGAUGUAUUGGGAAGCUGAAACAAGGUACAGCCCAAUUGCUAGCUUGAUGAGCAGGGAUCGCUUUAAGAAAUUGAAGGGGUUCCUGCACUUCAAUGACAAUUCAAAAGCACCUAGCAAAACUGAAAAUAUGUAUGAUAAGCUGUACAAGAUAAGGCCACUGCUGCAAAUGCUAAGAAAAAAUUGUUUGGCUGUGCCACCUGAAGAAAUCAAUUCUGUUGAUGAGCAGAUGAUUCCUUUCAAAGGGAAAAGUAGCCUACGAAGGUAUCUCCCAAAGAAGCCAAAGAAAUGGGGCUUCAAAGUUUUUUCCAGAAAUGGUCAAAGUGGAUUCUGCUAUGAUUUUGAGGUAGAAGGUGCCCCAGACCCACAACAAGAAAACAGAGUCAAUCCAGUUGACCUAAUUGGAAAAAGUUCUGGAGAUGUGGUUUUGAGAAUGUGCAGUUAUUUGCCAAAGAACCAGAACUAUAAGGUUUAUUUUGACAAUUACUUUACAUUCCCAGAGCUUUUGAGUAAACUGAAACAAUGGGGCAUCUGUGCUGUUGGCACAAUACGCCAAGAUCGCCUAAGAGGAUGCUCUGAGGUGAUGAAAAGCGAAAAGGAGCUGAAGAAGGAGGGGAGAGGAUCAUUCUGUGGGGCAGUAGAUUUGAAUACUGGCACUACUGUCGUCCGCUGGUAUGAUAAGAAGCUGGUUCAGCUAGCAUCAAAUUAUGCUUAUACCCACCCAACUGAUGUGGUUCAGAGGUGGUCCAAGACAGAUAAUAAAUAUGUUGAGGUACCAAGACCUCAAAUUGUUGUAACAUACAAUGCAGGAAUGGGAGGUGUUGACCUGUUUGAUAUGUUUCAAGCUCUUUACCGUCUGCAUCAUAAAUGUCGGAAAGGAUACAUGCGUUUCUUUUUUGGGAUUCUGGGCACAGCUGUCAUAAAUGCAUGGUGCUUAUACCGCAGAAUGAUGAAGCAAAAAGGUGUGCCCAUUGCCAAGCAGCUUGACCUUUUGAAAUUCACAUGCUCAGUGUCACACUCACUUGCAGAGGCUAAAUACGAAGAAAGGGAAGAGGGAGGCCAAGCAUCGAGGCACCAUCUGUACCCACAGAUAAGCUGCCCCGCAAAGCACCCGAAAUGGACCACCGACAGAUAUUCGCACUGA